AUGGCUAAUGGCGUGGGCGAAUGCAAAUUAUAUACCUCACUUGCUGACUGGAGUGAGUCUGGAAUUUGCUUUAGACCCCAGAAGCAUUACUUUACUGUUCUUUUUGGCCAUGAAGGGCAGAAGCCACUGGAACUCCGAUGCGAGGAUGAAGUUGAUGGAGAUGAAUGGGUAGAAGCUAUUCACCAAGCUAGUUAUUCAGAUAUUCUCAUUGAAAGGGAGGUGUUAAUGCAGAAGUACAUUCAUCUUGUCCAGAUUGUAGAGACUGAAAAGAUUGCUGCCAAUCAGCUUCGGCAUCAACUUGAAGAUCAAGACACAGAAAUUGAAAGACUUAAAUCUGAGAUUAUAGCUCUCAAUAAAACAAAAGAAAGAAUGCGACCGUAUCAAGGCAACCAGGAAGAUGAGGAUCCAGAUAUUAAAAAAAUUAAAAAGGUCCAGAGCUUUAUGCGGGGCUGGUUAUGUAGAAGAAAAUGGAAAACUAUUGUCCAAGAUUAUAUUUGUUCUCCUCAUGCAGAAAGCAUGAGGAAGAGGAAUCAGAUUGUUUUUAACAUGGUGGAGGCUGAAUCUGAGUAUGUGCAUCAACUUUAUGUUCUUGUGAACUGUUUUCUGCGGCCCUUAAGAAUGGCUGCAAGUUCAAAGAAGCCACCUAUCAGUCACGAUGAUGUUAGCAGCAUUUUCCUCAACAGUGAAACAAUCAUGUUUCUUCAUGAGAUAUUUCACCAAGGCUUAAAGGCAAGAAUAGCUAAUUGGCCUACCUUAAUCCUAGCUGACUUAUUUGACAUUCUGCUGCCAAUGCUGAACAUAUAUCAAGAAUUUGUUCGGAAUCAUCAAUAUAGUCUACAAGUACUGGCAAACUGUAAGCAAAACAGAGAUUUUGACAAACUCUUGAAGCAAUAUGAAGCCAACCCAGCAUGUGAGGGGCGAAUGCUGGAAACUUUCCUUACUUACCCCAUGUUUCAGAUUCCUAGAUAUAUUAUAACACUUCAUGAACUUCUGGCUCACACACCGCAUGAACAUGUUGAGCGAAAAAGCCUUGAAUUUGCUAAAUCUAAACUAGAAGAACUUUCAAGGGUGAUGCAUGAUGAAGUCAGUGACACAGAAAACAUCCGGAAGAAUCUAGCAAUAGAAAGAACGAUAGUAGAAGGCUGUGAUAUAUUACUAGAUACUAGCCAAACUUUUAUACGCCAAGGUUCCCUUAUUCAAGUCCCUUCAGUUGAGAGGGGAAAACUUAGUAAAGUUCGUCUGGGAUCAUUAUCUUUGAAGAAAGAAGGAGAAAGGCAGUGCUUCUUAUUUACAAAACAUUUUUUAAUUUGUACAAGGAGUUCAGGAGGAAAACUCCAUCUUCUCAAGACAGGUGGUGUUCUGUCUUUAAUAGAGUGCACACUGAUCGAGGAGACAGAUGCCAGUGAUGAUGAUUCAAAAGGAUCUGGACAAGUCUUUGGACACCUUGAUUUCAAGCUUGCAGUUGAACCUACAGAUGCUCCUCCUUUUACUGUUGUCCUUUUAGCCCCAUCACGACAGGAGAAGGCUGCAUGGACAAGUGAUAUAAGUCAGUGCAUUGAUAAUAUAAGGUGCAAUGGUUUAAUGACAAUAGUGUUCGAAGAAAACUCUAAAGUCACGGUGCCACAUAUGAUCAAAUCUGAUGCUCGCCUUCAUAGAGAUGACAUUGAUAUCUGCUUCAGCAAAACACUGAAUUCCUGCAAAGUACCCCAAAUCCGUUAUGCAAGCGUCGAGCGCCUUUUGGAGCGGCUCACAGACUUGCGCUUUCUAAGUAUCGAUUUUCUGAAUACUUUCCUGCAUACUUACCGCAUAUUCACUACUGCAGCUGUUGUACUGGAAAAGCUUUCAGACAUAUACAGGCGGCCCUUCACUUCCAUUCCUGUCAGGUCUUUAGAGUUAUUCUUUGCUACCAGCCAAAACAACAGAGGAGAGUACCUGGCUGAUGGGAAGUCACCACAUCUCUGUCGAAAGUUUUCUUCUCCUCCUCCAUUGUCACUCUCCAGAACUUCCUCACCUGUCAGAACCCGAAAACUGUCAUUGACCUCACCAUUGAAUUCAAGAAUCGGUGCCCUUGACCUCUCUACUUCAUCUGUGAUGGGCAGUCCUACCUCGAGCUACAGCCCGGCCACCUCCCCACCACCAACAGGUAGCAAAGUACCACUGGACCUUAGCAAAGGGCCCUCCUCUCCUGAGCAAAGCCCUGGCUCCAUAGAGGACGGCUUGGAGAACCCUCGUGUUGACCUCUGUAACAAGCUGAGGAGAAGCAUUCGAAGAGCAGCAGUUCUAGAAUCUGUGUCAGUGGAUCGGACAAUUCCUGAAAGCACCUCAGCAGUGGAUACCACAGAGCUUUCCCCAUGUAGAUCCCCUUCGACACCACGUCAUCUCCGCUAUCGUCAGCCAGGAGUACAAACUGCUGACAACAGCCACUGUUCAGUUUCUCCUGCUUCUGCUUUUGCUAUUGCUACAGCUGCAGCAGGGCACGGGAGUCCACCAGGAUUUAACAACUCUGAACGCAUGUGUGACAAAGAGUUCAUAAUACGCAGGGCAGCCACAAAUCGCGUCCUGAAUGUCUUGCGCCACUGGGUCUCCAAGCAUUCUCAG